AUGCUUGGUCUUUUCCUACUGUUCAAGCUGUUACAACUGGUUAUUGUAUACUUUGCACCAGCACCGUUUGAUACCUCGUCAUUGAUAUUCUUUGAAAGUCACCAACAGGAACUCGCUCAAUUACCAGCUGCGCUACAAUGGCUGGUUACCAACGUAUUCCAAAAACUAGUUGUCUGGGACGCCAUAUAUUUCCUCAAACUUGCCGAUGAGGGACCCACAUUUGAGCACGAAUACGUGUUUGGCCCUCUUUGGUGGCGAUUGUUGGCACAGAUCCCGCUAGAUAAUAUCUAUUACAAACUGAUUGGCGGACUGUUCAUCUCCAACGUUAGUCAUUAUUUGAGCUGUCUGGUGCUGCACAAACUCACUAAAAGAUACUUUGGCUACAAAGUGGCGGUAAAUAGUGCCCUCCUCACCAUUAUCCAACCAUCGGGAAUCUUUAGCACAUCCAUCUACUCUGAACCUAUCACCCAGCUGAUCUGCUACACAGCCUUGCUUUUACGAAGCUAUGGCAGAAGAUCUAUACGCUACUUAUUAUCGGGAGUUUUCAUAGCCAUUGCGUUUGGGUUUCGGUCCAAUUGCUUGCUUUAUGGACUGGUUUUUCUGUACGAUUUGGUAUCAGACGUUUCGAUCUAUCCCCUAUUAGCUGGUCUUCCAUUGUUUGGGUCUCUGUGUCUCUCGAUCUACAUCCCUUAUCAAGCAUUCUGUCCCGAACGGGGCGAAUGGUGUUUCUCCACCACAAAAUCGCUUGUUUCAUACGCUCAGUCCCAUUACUGGGUCAAUGGCUUUCUGGCAUAUUUCACCGUUGGAAACAUCCCGCUAUUCAUCAUUGCUGCUCCAAACCUGUUGAUCUUGGCAACUUCCAUCUACAACCUCCGAUCCGUGAAGACCAUCCGUCCAAUUCUACUCACAUCGUUGGUAUACCUGAUCGUCCAGUUCUUCUUCAUGAAUGUCCAGAUCAUCAACAGAGUCAUCACGUUUUUGCCAACACAUAUCUGGUACGUCGCGCUCACUGAAAACCGCAAAAUCGCAUCUUUCUGGAUCUUUUGGACAAUCUUACAAACUGCAUUAUUUGCUACAUUUCUUCCUCCAGCAUGA